GCUUUAUUCAGAAUAUUCAUAAAAGAUAUGACCACUUCAGCGUUGUAAACGCUGUUAUCAAUGGGGUCAUGUGGUCUGAAUGCAUACAUCAAUGUGUACACUGGCAUUGCCUACUCAUUUAUUUUCACAUGGCAUAGGCUAACUUGUAGUUUUGUAAAGGCAUUUGCUGAACAUGCCACACUGUGAACCGAACCAUAAACCUUGUGAUGGCGAAGUGAACUCUUUAACCACUAGGCCAGGCGUUGUGCUAUUUUGCAUAUUUGCAAAAAAUGCAAAGUGAAGGAAAGAAGGAACCCUAUACAUUUUUUAUACCUACGGUUAAAUGUGAGCUAGCAAAAUUUUAGAGAUAUUCAUAAAGCAGGAAAACAUUUGCAUUAUUUUUUUACAGCGAAACACAACAUAAACGGUGGACACAGUGCAACCUUGAUCCUAGGAUAUGUUGUCCCUUUUUUCAUAUCAGAUGGCGAGACAAACAUUUAUCAGACUUGUCAGAUUGUUCAGACCUAUCAAUAAGCGUAGCCCGGAUAAGAGACAAAAAGGCCUUGGAACGAGCUUGAAAACAGUGUGGAGUUCUGGAAGUUUAAGGCAUUUAGACGCCCACUGUAAAUAUGACAUGGGUUAACAUUGAUGGGAAUACACAAACCAUCUUUGAGAAGCAAAAUACACAAAAUAAAAAUAAAAUACAAAAAAGGACCCUGUAGUAAGAAUUAACAUAACCCAAACAAGAGUAUUUUUACCCUGUUUUUUUUAAUGGAAGCAAAUCUUAAAACCAAGCAUUAUUAGUAGAAAUUAUUAAUUAUCAAGAAAUUUUAAAAUUAAAACCUUGAAUAUUAUAGUAAUUAAUCUGUAUUUUCAGAUUACAUACAACAAAAUAAGCAAAAUAGAUUUUACAUACAGCAUAAAUUAUACAAUCCAAUUCGAUACUGAUUGGUCACAUUGACGAUGUCGGUGUCACCAGUAUAAAAAAUGUACUUUGUGUUAUAAAUGUUUAUGUUUUGAAAUUUAGCUACAAUUAUUUCCCAGCAUCCUAAUAAUGGGGCUCAAUCUAAUUAAAAUAAUUCUGUCUAAGCGAUUUAAUUUAGCUAUAUAAUCUCAUCAUAGGCAAAAAUAGACAUAAAUAUUCCAUGACGUGUAAAACAUAUUAAAUGUGGGAUUAUUGUGGUUCAUUUCAAUUUUAUUGUUCUUCUGCAAAGUGCCGAGAAACGGAUCAACGAGCUUGGUUGGACCAACCAAUUUGCCACCUCACAGCACAAUCCCUUAAAAAAUCUAUUAAGAAUGAGAAGAAACGCGAGGCUGAGAGGAUCAUGGAUGUAAUCCUCUGUAAUCCUCCAUAUUUUAACUUGUUAAAGAUAAUUAAAAGUGUAAACGCAUGUCAAGAUGUGCUUAAUCCGUUUUCUUCUUUAGCCCGUUCUUAUACUGUUCACUAUCAAUACGCAAUUUUCAUCAAAUAUUUUUGUUAAAGUAGUCUCGUGAAAACAAAACAAAAAAAUAGUAACUAUAAAUCGUGUCCCGCAGGAUUAGUAUAAUCAAGAUAUGAUUAUAUCACAAUAUUAAAGUAUCCUCAUUUCGUUAUAACAGACACAGAAAGUAUUAAAGAAUUAAGAUAACCUUAAUUAACGAAACUAAACAUUAGUCUGUUAAAUCAUUUCUGUAGUAGAUCAAAUAGUUAAAAAACAAAACUGUAAGAUUAUCUGUGUUAAGUGGUAAGAAUAAACUUGAUAAAGUUGUGAGGUAUUUCGUAUUACAGAAUAGUUUGUUUUGCGAACAAUAACGUUCCAAUGUGUGCUUUUGUGGAGUAAGACUAUCGAGCCAAACAAGCCAAGGGUAAGAUCAAUUUAAAUUUAAGAAAACGUAAAAGUUACAAAUUGUAGCCCACUUUAAGGGCUCAAACCUUUUUAAAAGUCACGAAUAAAAUGUGUCAACACUCGUAUGUUUCUUUGGUUUUCAGUAUUUCUUCGUCUGUUGCAAAAUAGGUUGACAUUUUUCGUUAAUAUAAAACUAAAUAAUAGCAUGUGUUACCUUUCCAAAUAAAAAGUUAUAUGUCUAAACUUACGCAAAAACGACUGGUCAGGUUUCAACAAUAAACAAGAAGCCUAAUCCUGCUUAAAAAUCACGCUUUUCGCGGUUUUGCUUAAUUAGAAUUUUUUGCGAUAGAAAACCUUUGCGGUUGAUAGAAAUGAAGAUAUUCUCUAUUUGUUUAUUUGUACUCUAACAACUUAAUUAACAUUUUAUAAAAAAAGGUCUUAGCGGUCGUGUGUAAUACGAGAUUAGUUUUUUUUAUGAAAUGCUUUUUAGUAGCGAGAUUCUUAUAGACCAUUUCGCAUUCAAACAUUUUGCUGAAAUAAUCUUUUAAAAAUUUUAACAAUAGCUAGACAACCCAGGGUUUGCAAUAUCCAGAAAGAUUUAUUGUAAGCUCCAGCUAGAUAGCCACAACCCAAACAUACAAAUAGAUAGUAUUGGCUGAAAUAAAAAGCUCUUAUAUCAAACUAACUAAAAACUAUAACCCACUUCUCUUAACCUUCUCUUAACAUCUGGAAAUAUACAGAAAAUGAAUAUCCCUGUAGAUACACAGUAUUUAAUAGAGAGAAAGUUCAAAAGAACACCUACAAACACCCCUACUUCCAAACCAAAAUGGCCUUCGUGAGCUUUUUUUCGUGUUUUGGCGCGAUUCCAAAACAAAGUCCGUAAAAAUCGUGUUCUGUCGGAAUUUCCCGAAACAAAGUUACGCUGUACCAUUUUGAACAAAACACAUCUAUUAUUGAAGCAAAAUUUAAAAAAAUGUUUUCUGAUGUGGUUUGUGUUCAAAUAAACUAGUGAAACCUGCGGAGGUUUUAUAUAAGCAAGUGAAAACUCCAAAUGAAAAGGGGAUAACUUAAAUGUUUCCUUGUGAGCUUUAGAUAGAUCAAAUGAAAUGGUCUUGUUUCUGACAGCCACAGCCAAGCUUUUACAAAACUGAAGGUAUAAUUACGCAAGGCUAGGUCCGGACAGUGUAGUGCUAUUAAUUAAGCCUUAAAGACUGUCUAAUUAAAAACCUUUAAAAUUCACCAUCAGAAGGAUUCACCAGAGUCGACCAACACGCCUAUGCUUAAAAUAUUACCCUAUCUGGCCUAAAUAUGCUCAUGAUCGUUAAUGCUUAUAAAAAACGUGUAAUUAGCCGUUAAAGAAAAAUUGAAACACAGUGAUAAAGGAAAGGCAUGACUUAAAUGUUGUCGACUUUGUUGUAUAAAAACCGUAUUUUAAAACCAUCGUUUGGGGAUGUGAAAUUAUAAGCUCUAUCUGCUGCUUUUUUAGCCAGCAGUUUUAAAUGGUGCAUGUUGGUAUUGCUAAAAAUUGCAAAACGUAAGCUUUGGAGAUAAGACCUGCUCCAAUGAGUUUGCUCAAGUAUAAAGCAUAGCUACCAAGUUUAAGAUCUUACAGAAAAAUAAUUUUAUGAUGCCCCCUCGUGACCUCCUUCCGUUUAGGUGACAAUAAAAGUCAUUUGAUGUCAUAACGUAAGCGAAUAUUUUUCAGAUGUUUCUUUACCGAUUACAUGUCUACGCAAAUAGGUUUUAAUUCACGACAAAAGUAUAAUUUCUCAAAGUGGUAAGUUAAAUGGAAUGCAAGGAGAAAAGACGACGCAAAAAAAGCUGUAUUGUUAUGACGUCUGUCGUCCCUAAAUUUUGACAACAAGAGAAAAUAUAAACUUUUAUUACAAAUCAGUUCAUGCAACUAGUUUUUACGUGCCACGAACUAUCAAAACACACUGUGUUUCAUAAAGUGCCAAAGUUUGAAAUGUCCUUCCGUCACUUUUCAUUAGUUUUGUAAUGGAGCGUUUUAUAAAAGCUUCUCUGGACGCUGGAAUAUGCAAAAUAAGGCGAUUUGAAGCCAGGAAAAAAUUGAUCUUAAGUCCAGCGUCAAAAUUAGCCCUUUUUCGAGGAAAAAUUAUCAGUUAUCCUUUCUUGACAGGUAUUUAUUAGAGCAACAAACAGUAUUUUUCAAAGAAGCAUUUAUCUCAUUUCUGUAUUUUGAUUUUAUUUUUCAAAGAAAUUAAGGGUGUUUAUUUUAAUUUCCCGGUCCUUUGCAAGUUCGCAAUAGAAAGAAUAUAUGUUAACACUGUCUUUGGUCCUUUCACAUAGCUAUGCAAGUUACGAAGGACGGUUAAUUAUGUUUCUCACAGACUUUGUAGGUUGUAUAACGUCGAUACAAAAUUAAGAACAGAAUGCUUUAGCUGUAAGUACUAUGUAACCACUGUUAUCACACCACAAAAUUUUGUGAUGUGAUAUGUUUUUAUUUUUUGAUUAAAGGUAAACGAAGCUGUAAUUCUGGUAGUGAUAAAGCAAAUGAAGCUGCCAAUUCCGUGACGGUAGUGUAGAAAGUGAACUAAGAUGCAAUGGAGACGAAAAAGGAGACUAAUGUUGAAGAAUCUAAUAUGUCAAACUUACCUCAAAAGUCAAAUAAUAAACUUUUCAGAGAUAAAAAGACUACAUUUAUAGCGAUCUCAUUGGCCUUAAUUUUUUUCUGUAGUUCCUGCGCCCUUGGUAUGAUUUCUCCGUUCUUUCCUAGAAAGGCUUCAGAAAAAGGAUGUAGCAAAACAACAAUUGGUCUCAUAUUUUCUGUCCAUCCACUUGUCAUAUUUUUGUUUUCGCCAAUUGUUGGAAAAAUGAUACCAUACAUUGGCCCGAAGUUUUGUCUAAUUGGAGGUUGCACUGUCGAAGGAGCCAGUCUAAUACUGUUCGGAUUUGCAAUACAUCUACCCAAUGGAAUCCCUUUUAUUUUGUUUUGUUUUUGUAUCCGUAUCAUCACCGCUCUUGGUUCAGCAUGUACUUUGACAGCUUCGCUCACUUUUACUGCGACUCUGUUCAAAGAUAAUUUGAAUACAGUUAAUGGCAUCGUUGAAUCAAGUUUUGGUGCUGGUUUCAUGGCUGGUCCUGCAAUAGGUGGCAUACUAUACAAAGUCGGUGGAUUCACAUUACCGUUUCUAGUUUUGGGCUUGUGUGUUAUUUGUUUAAUUUUUAGUUUAAUCUUCAUUUUACCAUCGUCCAAAGAAUUACAAGAUGAUUGCAGUCAUCACCAUGAUGUGACUGAAAGUUCAUUGAUAAAAGUUUUGUUGGUACCCGGUGUCUUAAUAAUGACUAGCGUAAACAUUAUGAUUGGGAUUGCAAAUACAUUCUUUGAUACAACGUUGGCAAACCAUAUCAAUUCUAUUACAAAUAACACAUUGUCGGUUAUGCAGAUUGGAUUCUUCUUUUUAAUUCCAUCUGGUUUUUACACCUUCUCAGCUCCUAUUGUUGGUGUUGUGGCAGAUAAGUUGAACGCUGGAAGAAGUUUUAUGGUUAUUGGGAGUUUUUUGUGCUUUGCAGGUUAUAUGUUUAUAGGACCUUCACCGCUAGUUCGCUACGUCGUACCCGCACAUCUCUGGGUGGUGUGUAUUUCUUUAGCAGUGAUUGGUAUCACAGUUAGCUUAUGCUUCGUUCCAGUGAUUAGUCACAUGCAAGAAAGUGCUAUAGAUGCUGGAUUUGAAGACAACCUAGUAACAGCCAGUCUGGUAUCUGGUAUUUGGAAUGGAAGCUUAAGCAUCGGGAACACAGUAGGUCCUACUUUUGCUGGUAUUUUUACUGAUCAUUUUGGAUUCCCUUGGGCAUCUACCGUCAUUGCAUUUUUGUUUCUUGCGGAGGGUACUGGUUUAGUUAUUUACACUGCAUGGAACAGGAGAAAGCGACUAAAUAUAGACAAUUCAGGGUACAAACCCCUAAAAGAAACACACAAAGAACUCGAAGAAGAAAUAGAAGACUAUAAUGACUUACAUAACAAAACAGAAAGUUGACCUUAUAGAAUUACUUUCUAAGAUACAAAAAUGUAUAAAUCUCAAAUGACGUAUAAUUUUGAAAAGGUCUGAAAAUGCAGCAUCUCCCUUGUUUCGAUGAGCAAAUUAGACAUUAGUAAUUUAUGAGACUCAGUAGGCUGCUAAACGAAUUUAAUCUUAAAGCUGCUAGAUAAUAACAUUUACCACCAAGAGUGGAGUGGUAGUGGGGUGGAGGAGUGGUAGUCAAACUUAUCUUGACGUUUGCCAUAUGCUACUUUUAAGUAACUCGACCAACCGAAAACGGAAUUACCUCUUUCUUAAUUAUAAUUAGAGCCAGAUUUUUCUGUGAAGAACUGUGCAUAUGACGAAGAAAAAAGUGCUAACAAUAGACGAAUUCUGCAAAAUCGCCCUUAUCCUAUGUAUUAGCUACAGAUUAAUUUCUUAAAAGAGAUAUUGACAACUUAGCAAAA